AGAGACGCCGAGUGGGCCGGGCUUCUGCGGCCUGGGGCCCUGGGGUCCACGCUUAGAAGUGCGUCGGCGCUCAGAAGGGGCCCCGCGAGGCGGAGGGUUGAGAAGGGGCAGGGGGAUUUAACGUGCAAACUGGCGGUUGUACCAGAUUGGCAUACUCUGUAUCCUCACACACAAAAAUUCAUGCAUUUAAGACCCCGCUCUUCACCAUGUAGAGUGUAUUCAAGGAAUGGUUUCCAACAUAUGUUCAGACCUUCUUCAUCCAUAGCUGUUGCAAAUCCAAUACUGUCGUCCUUGGAUGUUAAACGGAUUUUAUUUCAAAAAAUUACUGGUAAAGGAGGCGAGCUGAAGAAAGCCUUUCACCUGCUCGACAUCAGUAACAACAUGACAGUGACAAAGAAUGAACAGCGAAGAGUCAUCACAGCCUUCCUGCUGCCUCUCACGAGAGGACAGUUUCAAGAAGUGCUGGCUCAGAUCCCCCUCACCAGCUCUGGUGCUGUUCCGUGCCUUGUAUUCCUGUCCAGAUUUGGUGGAAUUGACCUGAAUAUAAAUGUUAUAAAGAGGGGAGGUGAGAGUGAAAUGAAUUGCUGUCGGACAUUAAAAGAACUCGAAGUCCAAGUAGGAGAAAAGAUUUUCAAAAACAUUAAAACUGUUAUCAAAGCCCUCAAGCUCGUUGAUGUUAGCAAGACGGGUCUGGUCCAACCACACGCACUGAGGAGGGUUCUGGAGACCUUCUGUUUGAAGCUGAAAGGUGAUGAGUACAAAGAGUUUGCAAAACACUACAACAUUGAUAAAGAUACUGCAGUGGAUUAUAAUGUUUUUUUGAAGAACCUCAGUACAAGUAAUGACUUGAACCUUAAAUAUUCUAUGGGAAGUCAAGAGGUCCCAUGGGAGGAUCAACGAGUCAAAAGUUCCAAAAGAGAGUACCUCCCCAGUCCUGUUUCACCUGAAGAUAUCUGGAAAAACUGCUCCUUAGAUGAAACUGAGAGGACCUUUUGCCAAGAGCUUUCAAAGUCCUGUGAAAAGGUUGAAAAGGCCCUGAGUGCAGGGGACCCGUCCAAACGUGGCUACGUCUCUUUGAAUUACCUAAAGAUUGUCCUCGACACCUUUGUAUACCGAUUACCAAGAAGAAUUUUCAUCCAGUUAAUGAAAAGAUUCGGACUUAAAACCACCACUAAAGUCAAUUGGAAGCAAUUUUUAACAUCAUUUUAUGAGCCUCAGUUGUUGGAAGCUAGUAAUAAAAUUCCCCUGACAAAAAGAAAUAGCAUCAGCUCUAGAAGUCAAUUUCGCAAGGAAGACAUUAUCACGAAGUUAUUUAGACAUGAAGGUCACUGGGCAUCGUUGAAGAAAGCACUGCUGAUCAUCAACUCUCUGAGCAAAAUAUCCUCCCGUAAAGACACCAAGGCACCUCUCUUCCUGGCUUGGGAUUCAGUGGAAGAAAUUGUUCAUGGCUCCAUUACCAGGAAUCUACAAGUUUUCUAUAAUAUGCUGCGGUCACAUGACCUUGGAGACACAGGGCUCAUUGGGCGAAAUAACUUCAAGAAAAUCAUGCGCGUUUUCUGCCCAUUUUUAACAGCCGAACAUUUAGUAAAACUCUGCAGUAAGUUUCGGGAUAUUGCUUCAGGAAGAAUCCUUUACAAGAAACUUCUGGCACGCCUAGGAAUUAAUGGCCCACCCACUGUCUCUCCAGUUCCUGUUCCAAAGGAUCAGCUGUUAAGUGAUCAUCUUCGAAAAGGGAAGCAGCAGCAGCCAGAUCUUUCUGAGAGAGCCCAGCCCGCUGAGGGUAAAAGUGCUGUGACCAAGAAUAUGACCGAGGACGCGGUUACUGAAAAACUCAGAACGUGUAUACGGCAGCAGGACCCAGCAUUCAGAAAACGAUUUCUGGACUUUGGCAAGAUAAAUGAGCACGACUUCAAGAAGGUCCUGGAAGAUAACGGAAUGCCGAUGGAUGAGGAUCAGUACGCUCUGCUGACUGCAAAAUUAGGAUGUAAGAAAGAAGGGAUGAGUUACGUUGAUUUUGCAACAGGAUUUGAAGAUCCUGAGAUGAACAGGCCAGAAGGGAGUUCAUCUCAGACUCCAGUUCUUUCCAAAGGGACCUUGGAUGGCUACUUUAUGACUGCUGAGGAGUGCCUGAGACAGUUCCCCCGGAGACGGAAGGAAUCUUUCCGGGACCCCUACGCGGCCUUCUUUAAGAUGGACACGGACAGGGGUGGCAUCGUCACCGCGCACGACCUUCAUCGGCCGCUACAGCAGCUGCUCUUCAACCUGAAGGACGAGGAUUUCGAGCGAUUCCUGGGCCUUCUUGGCUUGAGGCUCAGCACCAGAUGUGGAAUAGCAGACUUUAAUGCUAUCUUUGAAACCAACUGGGGUAAGGGAAUCCCUUGGGAGAUUAACGAGUCUAUUAAAUUUAAACAGAUUCUUUUUUUUUUUUUCCUUUUAAGACCAAAACAGAAGGUUGCAGAUUCAGAACUAGCUUGUGAACGGGCUCAUCAGUAUCUUGUUACCAAAGCAAAGACCAGAUGGUCAGACUUGUCUAAGAAUUUUAUCGAAACCGACAACGAGGGCAACGGCAUUCUUCGACGCCGGGAUGUAAAGAACGCGCUGUACAGCUUUGAUAUUCCCCUCACACCCAGAGAAUGUGAGAAGCUUUGGAUGAGGUACGACACCGAGGGAAGAGGGCACAUUACUUACCAAGAAUUUUUACAGAAAUUGGGGAUUAACUAUUCAGCGGAUAUUCAUCAGCCCUACGCGGAGGAUUAUUUCAACUUCAUGGGUCAUUUCACGAAGCCCCAGCAGGUGCAAGAAGAGAUGAAGGAGGGGCGGCGCACGGAGAAGGCCAUGCCGGCCAGGGAUAAGCUUAAGGACCACUAUCAAGAUAUCAGCAAAGCACUCACCGAGCUAGAUAAAUCCAAAAAUGGCUACAUAUCGUUAUGCAAGAUGCAGAAGUUGCUGCAGGAGUGCGGCUGUUCUCUGAAGGAAGAGGAGCUGGCCGAUCUUCUAAACAGUUGGGGAAUCAUGUGGCAUGGUAAUUCCAUCAAGUACCUUGACCUCUUGAGAGCAGUGGAGAACAGCAAGCCGACAAAAACUCAGCCACAAGAGAAAGAGGAGAGCGUGCCCAUCAAUUUUGCGACCCUAAGUCCAGAGGAGGUUCUGAAGAACAUCCAGGAGGUCGUUGCCUCCUCCAGUCCGGCUUUGUCAACGGCAUUUUCUGCACUGGAUAAAGCGGACACUGGUUUUGUAAAGGCUUCGGAUUUUGGACAAGUUCUUAAGGAUUUCUGUUACAAACUAACAGAUACCCAAUAUCAUUAUGUUUUGAGAAAACUAAGAAUUCAUCUCACCCCCUAUAUAAAUUGGAAAUAUUUUCUCCAGAACUUCAACAGUUACCUUGAGGAGGCUGCUGCUGAGCGGGCUGAGAGGAGGCCCAAAGGCCCGCCGCCCGCGUCCCCCAAGGAAAUGGCAAGCCAAGAGGUCCUGGCUCGGCUCCGCAAAGCCGUGACCUUCCACUAGCACACCGUCGCCCGGGAGUUUGAGAACGUCGACACCACGCAGACCAAUACCGCCUCCAGGGACGAGUUCCGGUCCAGCCGUACUCGCCGCGUCCAACUGGUUUCCGACCAAUUGGACAGGCUCUGGGACAAGAUGCCCGUCGACGCCAAGAGAAGGCCGCAAUACCUGGACUUCCUGAGCAGCUUCAGCUCGGAGAAGGCGGCCCCGCCGCCGGCCCCGGGCGACUCGGCCAAGGCGCAGGACGGGAGCAGCGCCCCCGAGGUCCCAGAGAGCAGCAGGUCGGCGGGGUCAUCGCCCACUCGAGACCGGAAAGCAGGGUCCAAACCGCGGAGUCACCCCUGCUCCCCGGAACCUGUAAUGGGUCCCUUGCGCGGCGAGGGGGCAUCGGGGCUGCAGAGGGAGUUCAGCACGGCCCCGCCGCCGCGCAGUUGCGAACCCAUCGAGAACAAGCUGCGGGCGCAGAUCCAGGGCUGCUGGCGUGAGUUCCUGCGAGAGUGCCAGGAGGACACCAGCGGGCAGGGCGGGGUCGCCGCCACCGAGUUCCAGGCUCUCGUGGAGAAAUUCAACCUGGACGUGAAUAGACACGAGUGCCAGCAGCUCAUCGCCAAGUACGACUUAAAGAACAACAGGAGGUUUGCUUAUUGCAACUUCAUUCAGAGCUGAGUCCUCCUGCUAAAAGCAAAGGAAGCCUCGCUGAUGCAGAGAAUGAAAAUCCAGAACGCGAAUCGCGUAAAGGAAGGCGGUGCUGAGACUUCUUCCUUUUACUCUGCUCCGCUGCGGACUCAACCCCAAAUCGUGCGCUGCUGGAGGCCCACGCGGCGCAUGCUCAGGGCCUGCGGCGAGGGAAGCACGGGGCUUUUAAGCGUGGCGGAUUUCAGGAAGUUGUCAAGGGCCGAGUGCACCUGUCCCUGUGCUGCAGACCCCAGGCUCUCCUCCCUGAAGGUUUCUAGAACCCUGCAGGGACGUCCCGGUGGCAACACCCGAGUGUUUAUGGGGGGAGCCGGCGGGGUCCCGGGGGUCCGACUCGGGGCCCACAGACCCCAGCCCCGCCUCACGGGAGCCGCGGGGUCGGCCCUCCGCUCUCCCGCAGCCGCCCUCACGCGGAGGGGCUGCCACCGCGCCCCACGCGGGUCGCCCAUGAGCCCCAUAGCCAGGCCAGCUGACCUCAGCCCCAUGGUCCUGGGCCAGUCCUGCCGGCCCCAGAGGAACGUCCUGAGGCAGUACAGUGUCAACCUCUCCGAGGAGGAGUUCUUCCACAUCCUGGAGUAUUAUGACAAGACGCUGUCUUCAAAAAUCUCCUACAACGACUUCCUCCGGGCCUUCCUUCAGUACGGGGCCAGCUCUGCGAGCCCAGCGCGGACAGACGGGGACCGCAGGGCCUGUCCCCGAGACUAGUAAAAUCUAUCAUCGGGGUGUCUCACGAACUUCCAGAGUGUCCCCCAAACAGAGCCCACACCCACGCCCGGCCCGCGUCUUUCCGAGGUCAUCCCAGGCCCAGCGCCGGGCUCUAGCAUCAGCGGCGGCCUUCCAGAGGGCCUCGGGGCUGCCCCGCUGAGCCUCGGGACCCUCGUUAGUUUGAGCAAAUUAAAAUGUUAGUCUUUGCAAGGAUGACGCUUGAGACUUUAA